CUGUAUGGAAUGGUCUUAGAGAAUUAUUGACCCAUAAGAACAGAAUCUCCAUUAUCGCAACAAGCACCGAGGAACCCAUUGGUUUGGAUAUAUUUACCUGGGAAAAGCUUUUCCCUGGAAUAGUGACUCACUCUCUCAUCUCAUCUCAUCAGCUGGCAUUUCUGGGAGCUGUUUUGCAGGGUUUUUUUCUGGAAAUUCAAAAUGGCAGAAGAGACUAUUUAUCUGUGUAACUUCCGAGUGUCUGUGGAUGGAGAUUGGCUAUGUCUGCGUGAGCUGCAAGAUGUGCAGUUAGAUAUGCAGCACAGUAUGCUCAUGUCACCCACUGAUGAUGGGAGGGAUCCUAUGGCUAUUGAAAGGUCCAACUUGCUUCACGUGGCAAAACUAGUGAUCAAAGAGCUGAUUGACUCUUCUCUAUCUCAAGGCAGGAUGUUGGAUGAUGAUUUUGUUCCGCUACAACAGUUUUUUGUUGUAUUGGAACAUGUUCUUCGCCAUGGGCUCAAACCAAAAAAAAGCAUUCUGCGAGAUAAGCGAGAAUUCUUCCCAGUGUUAGAACAAAUAGAAAAGCAUGUGUCAGAAGCAGAAGAGAUAACAACCAGUGUAAGAGAUAUGCCAAAUCUCAAGACACCUCUAGGAAGAGCUCGUGCAUUUUUGAGAUUGGCCUUGAUGCAGAAGAGACUUGCUGAUUAUUUCAAAGUUCUCAUAGAUAAAAAGGAUGAUGUACUUGUAGAUUUCUAUGAACCUGGUGCUUUUAUGCUAGAAGAAGAGGGAAUAGUUAUAAGUGGCCUCCUGGUGGGAUUGAAUGUGAUAGACUGUAACAUUUGUAUCAAAGAAGAUGAUCUUGAUGAACCAAUGGGUGUCAUUGAUUUCAGCUUAUACCUAAAAGACAACAGUUUUUUGGGACAGAAUGAAGAAGAAGAUGGCUCUGAGGGAAAUGCAAAGAUGGCAGCCAUCUUGGACCAAAAAAAUUACCUUGAAGAAUUAAACAGACACCUUAAUGCUACCGUGACCAAUCUUCAGCAAAAGAUGGAAGCUGUGCAGACUUCCAACACACUGAUGAGAGAAGAUCUUGCAAUAUCUAAAAAUAAUAUCUUGGCCCUCCAGGAAGAGAACAGUCAGCUACGGCAUGAAAAAGAAGGCCUGGAGACAAGUUAUCAAAGAAAAAUGGAGUCUGCUCAGGCUGACUUGUCAGUAGAGCGGGAGACCUAUAUCACCUCUCGGCAAGGUCUGGAUCAUUUAUAUGCCGAUUCAAAGAAAAGAGAGGAAGAGGAGAUCCAAAUGAGAAUGGACCUUGAAAAAGAAUUAGAACUGCAAAUAGGCAUGAAAACAGAGAUGGAGAUGGCUAUGAGACUGCUGGAGAAAGAUGUCCAUGAGAAGCAGGACACUGUUGUAUCUCUGAGAAAGCAGUUAGAUGAAAUAAAACAGAUUAAUUUGGAGCUGUACAACAAACUGCAGGCAUGUGAUGGCUCUCUAAAACACAAAACAGAACUUGUUGCCAAGCUUGAAGAGAAGACCAACCAGAUGCAAGAAGCAAUGAGGGCCAUGGAGGCAAGAGUAAAGCAAUGUGAAUCAGACAAAAUUGCAGCUGAGGAGACGGCACGCAAGUUGGGUCAGCAGCUUGCAGAGAAAGAUUCUAGGCGGGCUGCCUUGGAAACAGAUCUAAGAAUUGAACGAGAGUGGCGGGGCACGGUCCAGAAGACACUGGAACAGGAGAGGGGGAAGGUGUCUCAGCUGCAGUCUGAUUUACAGCAGAUGGGAAAGGUAAAACAGGAAUACAGUGACUUGAUGAAGAGGCAUGAAAGUAUGAAACAAACUUGUGAGGAACAGGAAAAAGCUUUGACAGAACUUGGUUCUCAUUUGAGCGAGUCAAAAUUGAAGAUGGAGGAUCUUCGUGAAGCACAGCAGGCCUUGAAGGAAGCGCAAUGGGCUGAUGAUGCUGAGGCUACUAAUUGUAAGGGUUGUACCAAAGAAUUCUCUCUUUCAAGGAGAAAACACCACUGUCGCAACUGUGGAGACAUCUAUUGCUCUGAAUGUUCUGACAACAAGAUGCCACUGCCAUCCUCUGCCAAGCCUGUGAGGGUCUGUGACAACUGCCAUACUUUGCUGCUCCAGAGAUAUUCUGCUAAUAAAUAAAACUGAACAUAUCUUCAGUGAGAGACACAUUUUACUUGCAUCUAUUUGCCUGUCAUUCAUUCCAAUGUGGAUCAUUCUACCCUUAUAUUUGUUGAACCCAUCAAGUUUCUCCUUUGAAAUUUACAGAGAAAUCCAUGAAAAAUUGUCAAAACCAAUUACCAUUUUCUUUACCCAGAACUAAUUCUCAAAGCUAGUGGCAGUAUUUCAGAAAUGAAUGCUAUCCUAGCCACUGAAUUGACCCAGGUGAUUGGGGUGCAUUUAUUCUGCUAUUUGUGUCACAUUGUGGUGAUCAGCAUUGUUAUUUACCAGUGAUUGUUUGGAUCAUAACAUAUAUUUAUUAUGUGGUGGGGCAUAGCUAUAACUGUGGACAUCAUUGCAUUUGUUGUUCCCAUGCUUAUUUGGAGUCCAGCAGAAGAUUGCUGUCUGUUGUGACAUGUUGUACAAUGGAAGUGAGCUGUGCAAAUUCUUGUUUGAGGCCCCUAGAAUUUUACAUGGUGUUAAUUGGUGCUCAAACUGCCAAAUCCUCUGUAGUAAAUGACUGUUGGUGAUGAGAAAAAGCAGUGAAGAAUAAAUUAUUGUUUUAAUGCCAUAUAAUGAAUCUGUAAUAUUAAUAGACUAUUAUUUAACCUCCCAAGUUUUGUUCAUAUCUUGUUUUAGGUUCAGCUAAUAGAAUGUCCAUCCUUAGGGAGUGAUGAAUUUAAGAUAAAAGUUUGAGAUGUGCUAAAAGCUCAGGGCAGGGCUAUUAUGUAUAUUGUCAAUUGUAGUAAAUGUAUAAAUGCUAUAUAUUUCAUGAUGGGGGUUUUAAACCACUGACGAUUAUGUUAGAUGACAAAUGUAAUUAUCUUCUUGAAAAAGCAUAAGCUUAUUAUUAAGACAUCAUACUAGGCAUAUGGUUCAGCAUCAUGUUGAUGUAAAGGAAGAAAAAAGUUUCUAAUAAAAUUUUAAAAGUAAAUUAAAAGUUUUAUUGACUGAAAUUGCACUAAUCAAAUGUAUCACUUUUUAUGUUGAGGAAAAAUGUUUAACAUUUUACUGCCGACUGAUUGUUAAUCAUCAAUGAAACUCUUGUGAAUCAGUUACCUUAUUUACCAGUUAUUAAUAUUUCCUGUUAUUAAAUCCUUUAUGUUAAGUCACAAUGUCAAGGUUAAGGUGUAUCAAGUGGUUUGUAAAUAAAAUUGGUAUAUUUUUCAUA